UUACUUUACCCUUUUUUUUAUAAAGUACAGUUAUUAGGUUCCAAGGAUUUACUACAAGCUCUGGGCUACAAAGGGACAACAGUACUUGCCAAGGAAUUGAACUUUAAGUUUGCAGGAAACUUGAAGCAGAAAAGAAUUGUCCAACUUUGAUGGUGGCUGAGUCAGACAAGGGUUUUCAGUGAUGAAGUUCGCUCUGAUGGUGGUGCUGCCCCUACAGCUGAUCUGCUUGGCCUUGUGUCUGGCACAGAAUGGUGCCUUCUACAUCAACGGCAAUGGCAGUGGGAAUGGAAACGGCGAGUAUUACAAUGGCAUCAAGCUUCACAUCGAGACCGAAAAGGACCGGCUCUUUGCCUACCGAGGGGAGAACGUAACGCUGAGUUGCCGCUAUCGUUACGAGCCAGCGGUGAACGCCAGCCGCAAGGUCAGGGUGAAAUGGUCCAAGCUCAACAUGGAUUUUUCCAAAGAGAGUGACGUGAUCGUGGCCAUCGGGCUUCGCCACCGCAGCUUCGGGGAGUUCAAGGGGCGCGUCUACCUGCAGCAGGGCGACGAGCGAGAGGUGUCGCUGGUCAUCACGGACAUACGGCUGGAGGAUUAUGGGAAGUACAAGUGCGAAGUGAUUGACGGUCUGGAGGAUGAGAGCAGCAUUGUCGAGCUGGAGUUACGAGGUGUGGUCUUCCCUUACCAGCCGCACCACGGCAGGUACCGGCUGAACUUCCACGACGCCAAGCAAGCCUGCGAGCAGCAGGACGCCAUGAUCGCUUCCUUCGAGCAGCUCUUCCAGGCGUGGGAGGACGGCCUGGACUGGUGCAACGCGGGCUGGCUGAUGGACGGGUCGGUGCAGUACCCCAUCACGGUGCCUCGGGGGCCGUGCGGAGGCGAGGACAGCUCGGCCGGGCUCCGGAACUACGGGCUGCGCCACAAGAACCUGCAUCGAUACGACGUCUUUUGCUUUGCCUCGACUUUGAAAGGUAAACUCUACUUUCUCCGCCAUCCGUUGAAGUUCAACUUUGAUGAAGCAGUCAAAGCCUGCCAGGAUGAUGGCGGUGAGAUCGCCAAAGUGGGCCAGCUCUACGCUGCCUGGAAGUUCCUCAAGUUCGACCGCUGCGAGGCUGGUUGGGUUGCUGAUGGCAGCGUCCGCUACCCAGUCGCCUUCCCCCGGCCCAAGUGUGGUCCACCUGAGCCUGGAGUUCGUACCUUUGGCUUCCCCAGGAAGGAGAGUGGGAAGUUCGGGGUCUACUGCUUUAAGAUGGACUAAAAGGCAAGGGCAGCUGCUGUGUUGAUCACAGGAGGACCUUCCUCGUUUAUUGAGCCAGCAUUAGUGCUCAUCCUUAAAGGUGAAAUCAAAUUAUUUUAAAAAAGUAUUAAGAUAUUACCUUCCCUGAUACUACCCCAGAUCUGAGUUUCAGAGAAUCAUGCAGCGUAGAAACAGGACCUUCAGCCCCUUGAGUCUGCUCCAACAGUCAACCACCCAUUUACACUGCUCCCAUUUUAUUCUCCCCACAUUCCCCUCAACCUUGCCCAGAUUCUGCCACUCACCUGCACAGUAUGAGCGAUUUACAGCGGCCAAUUAAUCUACCAACCCACACGUCUUUGGGAUGUGGGAGCACAUGAAGGCAGCCCACCUGGUCACAGUGAGAAUAUACAAACUCUACACAGACAGCACCAGAGGUCAGGAUUGGACCCAGGUCACUGGAGCUGUGAGGCAGCGCUUUACUGGAUGCACCACUGUGCUGCCUCUUUUUCUAAUCAAUUUGAAAGUCCUCAUAAACAUUUGUGUGCUGUUUGAUUUUUCAGAGGAUAUUUUUAAAAAGAAACCAGUGAACCUAGUGUUUAAUACUGAAGGCAGGAACGUCAAGACACUACACAGUCAUUUAUUGUGCAUUUGGCUCCUAGAGGGUCAGCUAAUAUCCUACUCCUUACUUUGGGUAAUUGCCUGCAGAAUUCCUUUCUUACUUUUGCUUUGUUGUCCUUCAUUCCCUGUUAGUUCAGCAACCACUGUGUCUUCAGCUAAGAGUCUGGACUGAUAGAUGCAGUGAUUCCAGCUACAACAGUAAUCCCAGUGAUCAGGCAACUUAUUCAGAGGGAGUAAUCCUUGGGUUGAGACACUGUGUUGGAUUGUUGGGCUCAGAAUUGGCAGGCAUUUGAGUGAAAGUGAAUAUGUCAAAUAAGCCCAAGAUCUGGCCUAUAUUUUAGCAUCCAAACCAUGACAUUCAUACUCAUUAACUAAAUUUGUUUAAUUUUUACAGAAUAAUUAUGAUCUAAUGCACAGUUCUACAAGGCUACAGUCAUGGUUUUGAUUGCAAAAUUAGCAUACAAGCAACUAGGCCCAGGCAGUAUGUGUCAAAAUUAGGCCUCAACAUCUAUUUGUGUAUCCAGACACGAAUUUGAAGGCCCAUUGAAGAUUCAAGACUAACAUAGAUCUCAGAGAUGAUAUGGUUGUCCUGUUGGGAGUUAGAUACACAAAGAAUAAUUCUAACUCUCCCCAGCACAGCAAGGUAAUGCUGGAUCACAUUCAGAUGACCUCCCAACCCAAAAUCAUUGCACCCAGUGCAAAACAAGUGGCCACACAUUCCACCAGGAAUUGGAUACCCAUGUUCAACUGGUCCAUCAGGGAUCAGUGCCCCCGCACAUUCAUGUGGCAGUAUGAUGCAAGGUCAACAAGAGACCAUCCAGAGACAUGUAGAGAGGAAUAUGACAAACAGAGCAUGUGUGUGCACACGUGCGUGUAUGCACACAAGUGUGGACAUGCAUAUGCGCGUGUGUAUCCUGGUCACAUGUUCAAUCAAUUGUCUCUGAUCUCAUUCUUAGUUGGUCAAUCUCAGGCCUAUUGGAAGUCAUCUUGGAGCUGGUUACAUUCUCACUGAUCAGCCUUAGGCUCCUAAUCUGGUGAAACCUAGGUUCGGACUCCACUUUAGUGUGGAUGGAGCCAAUUGGCUAUCCCUUCCACUGCUUUCUCCUUAUAUCAUGAAGGCAUCAGCUCCUCUCUGAUGAGACACUUCAACUCGUCAUCCCCAAUAUCUCUUCAGUACCUCCCUCAAGAGGCCACAUUCAGAGGUAGGCAAUGAGUUUCAACUAUUUAACCACAGGACAGUGUACUAUUGAGCCAAAUCCUGUCCUCAUCCAAGGGUCAUUGUUCAAUGCUGGCUGAUUCUCUGAGAUCAGGAGUAACAAGGCUGAUGGUGAAACCCCUUGACUCUUCCUUGGUUGACUGGACAUCAAACCUGGACCCUCCAGGAUGAGUGACACAUCUACUUCAUGAGUCCUUGAGGAACCAACAUUUCCUCUGUGCUCCAGGUGCUUACUAUAAUGGAAGCCAAUUUCCCAGAACAAUUUGUGUGAUUUCACCUUUAAAGAGUGAGCAAUUUGAUUAUCUGAGAAUCAAGUGCUUUAUUUAGCCUGUUGUCCAGGAAGUAAAGAAUUGUAAUGACUAGAUAUUCAGAGGACUGCAACAGCCUUUCUUACACGGGGCUUGUGAGGGUGGGAAUGGGGGUGGGGUGGAGAGGGACCGAAUGUGGGGCAUUAAAUUUUUUACCAAGUUUUAUAGAUAUUUUAUUACAUUUUAUUAGUUCAAAGCAGACUAUAGUUAUAGCUCAAAUCUAUUUAGAUGCGCUAGCCAAACACCAUGCUGUAAUGCCAUUGAAGAGUAUAAUAUUACCUCUGACUUCAAACACGCUACUCCUACACCCGUGAACUUUCCAACAGAGUCAAGAAAUGACAAGCAGGAGAAGGAAUCCCAGCACUCCCCAAAAUCCCAACCUGACAGUGUAAACCGUCCCAGUACAGUGUGUGAAGCAGAGGUGAAUUGUCCCAGUACAGAGUGUGGUGCAGGGUGAACUGUCCCAGGGCAGAGGGGGAAGCAGGGGUGAAAUGUCCCAGCACAAAGAGGUGAGCAGGGGUGAACUGGCCCAGCACGGAGUGGGGACUGGGAUGAACCAUCCCAGCACAGAGUGGGGACUGGGGUGAACCAUCCCAGCACAGAGUCGGGACUGGGGUGAACCAUCCCAGCACAGGAUGAGGACUGGGGUGAACUGUCCCAGCACAGAGUGGUGAUUGGGGUGAACUGCCCUAGCACAGAGUGGGGAUUGGGGUGAACUGUCCCAGCACAGAGUGGGGACUGGGGUGAAUUGCCCUAGCACAGAGUGGGGAUUGGGGUGAAUCGUCCCAGCACAGAGUGGGGAUUGGGGUGAACUGUCCCAGCUCAGAGUGGGGGCUGGGGUGAACUGUCCCAGCACAGAGUGGGGACUGGGGUGAACUGUUCCAGCUCAGAGUGGGGACUGGGGUGAAUCGUCCCAGCACAGAGUGGGGAUUGGGGUGAACUGUCCCAGCACAGAGUGGGGACUGGGGUGAACUGUCCCAGCACAGAGUGGGGAUUGGGGUGAACUGUCCCAGCACAGAGUGGGGACUGGGGUGAAUUGCCCUAGCACAGAGUGGGGAUUGGGGUGAAUCGUCCCAGCACAGAGUGGGGAUUGGGGUGAACUGUCCCAGCUCAGAGUGGGGACUGGGGUGAACUGUCCCAGCUCAGAGUGGGGACUGGGGUGAACUGUCCCAGCACAGAGUGGGGACUGGGGUGAACUGUUCCAGCUCAGAGUGGGGACUGGGGUGAAUCGUCCCAGCACAGAGUGGGGACUGAGGUGAACUGUCCCAACACAGAGUGGGGACUGGGGUGAACUGUUCCAGCUCAGAGUGGGGACUGGGGUGAAUCGUCCCAGCGCAGAGUGGGGACUGGAGUGAACUGUCCCAGCACAGAGUGGGAACUGGGGUGAACUGUUCCAGCUCAGAGUGGGGACUGGGGUGAAUCGUCCCAGCGCAGAGUGGGGACUGGAGUGAACUGUCCCAGCACAGAGUGGGAACUGGGGUGAACUGUUCCAGCACAGAGUGGGGACUGGGGUGAACUGUCCCAGCAGAGUGGGGACUGGGGUGAACUGUCCCAGCACAGAGUGGGGACUGGGGUGAACUGUCCCAGCAGAGUGGGGACUGGGGUGAACUGUCCCAGCACAGAGUGGGGACUGGGGUGAACUGUCCCAGCACAGAGUGGGGAGACAUCACUUUCAGAGACAACGUGUCUCUGUACAAUGAUUUGCCAGAUGAGUUCAUGCACACUUGUAUGAACAUGUGUUGAAAGUGCAUUUGUGCUAAUUAUUUCAAACUGCUUUUUGGUAUUUAUUAAGAAUUGCCACACUGCUGGAAUUGAUCGCAUGGGGAAUUCUAAAGCUGCGUCGCUUCAUCACUGUGACAUGGAGAUCUAGUGUUACAGCACUGAUUCAGUGGAAUCUCCAAGUAUUGAGGCUGUUUAAAAAGAAAAAGGGAAAGAGCUCUUACUGCACUUUUGCUAUAUGUUUUGUUGCCCCCUGUUUAAUUUCCCACAGUAGAUGAAGAGGUCAUGGGUAGGAUUAUGACCUCCCUAGAACAUCAGAAAGCAUGAGGUCUGAGUGCUCAGGCAGAUGGCCAUUCCUUUCCAUCCACUGCUGUCUCUUAGAUGCUGUGCCAAUGAGUUGAGCCCUCACCACCUCUCUUGGGUGCUCCCUGAUAGCCAUGAGACUGUGCUUUCUACACGGAUUCUAAGUAGUGUUUAAUGUAGUGUCAAAUGCUUAGCCUUUUGACGUUGCUUCAGAGGGAGCUAUGGAACUGAUCAUAAGCCAUUCUUCUAUCCUUCUACGUGUUUGAAGCCUGUUCUGUUGGAAUAUAUCAUUCUUGAAUAUAGUGAUUAACAACCUUUACUAUCCUUAAUGUCAAUUAAAAAUUGUAAGGAACAUAUUAUAACCAUGCACUGCAGCUCAAAUGUUUACUUCAGUCCAAUUUCCAGGGACGACAGCUUGCAUUUGUACAGCACAUUUAAUGCCAUUAAAUGUACCAAGCCUCUUCAAAAGGGAACACAGUCAAACAAACAUUGACAAUGAACCACAUAAGAAGAUUAUUAAAGCAGGGAGCCAAAUACUUGGUAAAAGCAUAUGGUAUUAGAAAAUAUUUUAAAGGGUAGGCAGCAGAGAUCUUUAGUGAGGAGGCUACAGAUGUUAGGAUGCAGAGCAGUUCCACGGUGAUAGCUGCAGUUGUGGAGUGAUGGAAAUGGAGACACUCAAGAGGCUAGAAUUGCAUGAUGCAGAGUUCUUAACAACUUACAUUUACAUACUGCCUUCAAUUACGUAGCGUCAAACGGCUGCUGUGGUUGCUGGAUGAAUUGUCCAAAGAGCAUCCAUCCUCCAAAUGAAAAAAAAACUUGUUUUUCCCCAUUGAAACCAAGAGGAGAAAAUGGAGGUGUUGGCGAUCUGCAUCUCCCCGUUGCCAGUCACUUCAACUCCCCCCUUCCACACUAUCACUGAUAUGUCAGUCUUUGGCCUCCUCCACAGCCCAGAGAACUCCAAGCGCAAACUGGAGGAACAGCACCUCAUUUUCCGUCUUGGAACCUUGCAGCCUAACAGCAUGAACAUUGAAUUCUCCCACUUUAAGUAAUCCCCACAACCCCACCCCACUAUGCUUCUCUUCCUCCCUUUCCUAGCCCCUCUCUCUCUUUCUACCUUUAUUUUUCCUUUCUCUCCUUGCCUUUGACCCAUCCCCCAGUGGAUCUGCUCUCCCCUCCUCCCCCGCACCUGCCUAUCACUAUUUCUUACCUGCUUUGACCCAUCACCCUGUGCCGACCCCGCCUCCCCUCUUUUGUCCACCUAUCACGGCACUGCUUUUCCCUCCUACAUAUUGGGUUUCCCCUUUUCUUAUCUUGAAGAAGGGUCCUGACCCAAAACGUUGACCGCCUGCUUUUCUCCACGGAUGCUGCCUGGCCUGCUGAGUUCCUCCAGCGUCGUGUUUUUCAUCCAGAUUCCAGCAUCUGCAGUCCGUUGUUUCUCAAGGAGAAAAUGUGUGAUGCCCAAAUCCCAUUAGUGUAUUGAAAAACAACUGAACUCCACUUAGACUGACUGUAAACAGAGGCACAUGGAGAAAAAAAUCCCCUCUCGAUGGGGAGGCAGCCUUCAAAUGCAUUAGGACAUGUUGACCAGAAGACUUCUCUUGCAUGUAAGUGACAGCCUAUAAACCUACUCACCCACAGCACAACCAAUGCACAGGUGGAGCCAAAGCUGAGCUCCAGCUGUUGUCAGGGAAAGCCACGCUCUUAAGGUGGAAUAAGGGAGAUACCAGGCACUCAAUAAAAGAUAUGAAUUGUAAUCUAAGUUCACAAUAUAUUGGUUUAUCAGGGAUCCUUUCAAUACUCAGUAACUGCAAGAAAGUUGAAGCGUGUGAAGACAAACACCAAAGUUAAUCAUCAUUGUGAGCCCAUCUUGAUCAUGAUAAUCUUGUUCAUUAUAUAGAUCCAUAGUUAUUCUUCGCCUUCCUGUUAUCUCUUGGUUACCGCAUACUGUUGUAUUAAGAUGUUGCUUUUAUUUUAUAUUAAAAAGACAUAUCUAUAUACAUUGUUGGCUCUUUCAAUUCUGAUAUCCAUCCCUUCAACGAGAAGACGCCUUCAUUGUGUAAACAAGAAAAACUCUGGACAAGCCAGCUUUGAGAGAGAAACCGAUAUUGGUACUAUGUUUUUAGGGUUAACUUUAAGGUGUGUGUAAAAUAAAGUAUUGCAAGGUUGUUAUAUUUUCUAAAAAUAUAUAUGACUUUUGUCAGCACACAUAUGUUAUGUUCUGUGCGUUCUGUCAACUUUAGCCCAACACAUUUUACAAUAACAGAUCUUUCCUUGAUGCAGGGGGUACUGCCCACUGUGAAUGUCUGAUCG